GGGGUACAGAUAAGUACAAUAUUUUGAAAGACUUCUUGAGAUAAGCCGAUCAAUAGCCGGCGAUCUUCGUGCGGGGACAACCUCUCCUCCAUCUCGCAUCUCAGACUGUGAUGAAAUGUCUGCUAGAGGCCCCUUCCAGCCCUUCCAAUGUCUCGUCUGCCAGAGUCGCUUCACCCGGCACGAGAACCUCAAGCGACAUGCCCUCCUGCACUCCCGCUCCGAGGGUGAAGCACUGCUGCCGUGUGAGCUCUGCCAGGCGACGUUCUCUCGUCCUGACCUGCGAAAUCGACACAUGAAGAGGAAGCAUCCAGACAAUCACGAUAGGCAUAGAAAAAGAGUUGAAGUCGAUUCGGUGACAGAAUGCAGCGAUGAGUCUGUGUCGAAAACCCACGGCCUGCAUCCUGACGAGAGCAUUUCAGCGUUGAUGCAGCAAGCGAUGAGCGAGCCCCGUGUCGACCGCAUUGGACAAGACGUGAUGGACCUGCAGGCUCUGCUGAAGCCUGGCCAUCCUUCGCCUGGUUUUACGAGUUUCAGCCUUUGCGAUAAUGAUGAUGACUGGAGUCCGUCGACUGCUCAGAUUGCAAGAGGCUGCGAGCUCUUCUUCGCCCAUGUCUCGCACUUUGUUCCGUUUCUGCACCAGCCUACUUUCGACUCUAAUCAGGCUCCGUUGUAUCUGCUCCUGAGCAUGCUGUCACUGGCGUACCAGUACGGAGAUGACCCAGAGAAUCCGGAUGAGAGCGGUGCAGAUCUAUCAAAACGCUGCUUCCAUCGAGCCCGCGCCCUCACCAACGAUGAGGACAUCUCCGCCGUGCAAUCGUACCUCCUCCUCCAGAUCUGCGCCAUGAUGUAUCUCUGCGGACAAGACUCAUCCCAUGGCUUGAAAAUGCACUCGGCAAUGAUCUCGCUCGCCCGCUCCACCGGCCUCAUGCACCCAACCACCAUCGAACCAUCCACAACCCAAGACCUCGACACGCUCUGGCACAGCUUCAUCCAAGCCGAAUCGCACAAACGCACCCUCUUCGCCGUCCACCAGAUCGACGCUCUCUGGUACCAGUUCCUCUCCAUCCCGCGCUCCAUCUCCCACCUCGAAAUCAAACACGACCUCCCUUGUCCACGCGACCACUGGACUGCCUCGUCGCCGGCCGAAUGGGCCCAUCGCCAACUCAUCCAGAAACAGGGCCAGGGCCCCGCAAUGCAAUACGCCGACGCCGUCCGAGCCUUUCUCUCCCAGGAUUCAGACCUCUCCACCUCCCUCCCGCCAUUCGACCCCUACGGCGCGAUCAACAUCACGCAGUUCCUCAUCUCCUCGGCGCGCGAAAUCUCCGGCUGGUCCACGAUGACGGGCAUGCUAAGCAUUGACCGAUUCGGCGCACUCCGCUCCUCCCUCGUCGCAUUAAGCCCAUUCGUCUCUCCAACAUCACCUCCAACCUCGACAGAAAACAGCACCCUCAGCACAGCGAGCUGGCAAACAGCCAUGAUAGAACUCCAAAUCUGGUCCCCCUCACACACCUCCGGCAUAGUCGAGGCCUCCAUCGACGCCGUCCUCUCGCAGUCUACCUACCUCAGCCCCUCGCCUAGUAUUUUAUGUGAGGACCUCACGGCCAAAGCGAUUCAGCCACACAUCGACUGGUUCCUGCGGUACCUAGAAGAGACUUUAGAUCCUAGGGGUCAAGGCGAGGCGCCCUGGGUGGCGCUGUAUGCGUACAAGGCGUUUCUGAUUGCGUGGUUGCUUGUCAGGGGUGGUGUUUCUGGGGCGAUGGGGGUUGUUGGUGUUGGGGAUGGGGACGGCGUUGGGGCUGUGGAGUGGGCGAGGAGGGUGUUUGCCCGUAGACGGGGGUUGGUGCUUGGACGGUUGAUUGGGGAGUGUUUAGACAGACUUUCUUAACAGUACUAAUCUUGUCGUUGACAAGUGAUUGACAAGUGGUUGUUGAAGUAGCGAAUGCGUUAACAUCUCCGGCAAAUACCAGUGUAAGCCAAACACCGUCUCCAUUCAAUAUGUAUGUAUGACUACAUAUAUACUAUAUCCUUUACUUAAUACAUCUCAUACCUCCACCCCAAAG